AUGGCAGGGACAGCAGUGAAAUAUAAAAACACCAGUGAAGGCUUGUGGGCCAUCAAAAAAAAGUUAGAAAGGGCUAACGUAGGGGGUUACUAUAUUUUUGAUGUGACUAAGGACCAUCGAGUUGUGGCGGGGCUGCCUCGUCGACGGUGGGGCGGAAUCGUGUUGACUAUGCCUGACGCACAUAACUAUGAGGGGUGGAAGAAACAACGUAAUGUGUUUAACAUUUUUGUGAACGGCUACGAUGCACGAGAGAUGAAGGCGUUCUUUGCGUGGCAGGAGCGUGAUUUGCUGCGUGACUCGCAGGGAAGCAGUGAGGAUAGAGCAGAGCUUGAGGGGAGGUGGCAGAGGAUGAAGGACCGUAUUUGUGUGGUUGGACCGCUCCCUCGCUACGUUUUUGACAAGAACAAUUACUCAGGGCGCUGUAGCGCAAUUAAAACUGCGCUGUCCAACACGUCUGACAUAUGCUGGGAGCACUGCGCAAGGCUUUUGUUUGGCAAGGUUGAGUGGGGCGAGGACCGGAUCGCGGACAAGCUGAUUAAUUUGGUGCGUGUGUUGAGGAGGAGCGCGUGGUGA